CUUAAACCUCAUCAGAUCUCCUGGUCUGAGUCAUCCCUGUACCGAGUGCAGUCAUUCCACCAGGGUCCAAAGGGUUGCCAAGUGGAAAGUGAAGAGUCGCUGAUUGGCCACGUUCCCUUGGAUGUUGGGUGGGAGCGGACGGAGCUCCCCGGUCUGGGUCACGCCAUGUCGUCGUGGGUGUUGGCGGAGGGCCUGACCAGCGAGGUGACCUGCCCGAUCUGCCUGAACCUGUACCAGGACCCGGUCAGGCUGGAGUGCGAGCACAACUUCUGCCGGGUGUGCAUCGCCAAUGCCUGGGGGCAGCUGGAGUCCGGUUUCCGUUACCCCAGUCUGGUGCACCUGGCCAGUCAGAUCGCCUCAGGAAUGAAGUACUUAGCCUCCAUGAACUUUGUGCACCGUGACCUGGCCACCCGCAACUGCCUGGUCGGUGAGAACUACACCAUCAAGAUCGCCGACUUCGGCAUGAGCCGCAACUUGUACGCCGGGGAUUACUACAGGAUCCAGGGCCGUGCGGUGCUCCCCAUCCGCUGGAUGGCCUGGGAGAGCAUCCUGCUGGGAAAGUUCACCACUGGCAGCGACGUCUGGGCCUUCGGUGUCACCUUGUGGGAGAUCCUGAUGCUGUGCAAGGAGCAGCCUUACUACCACCUCACGGACGAGCUGGUCAUCGAGAACGCUGGCGAGUUCUUCCGGGAGCAAGGCAAGCAGCUGAAGAAACUGGGAAAUGCCUUCCUUGUGUGCCCGUCGUGCCUCAACUGUGGGGCACGCUCGCCUCUCAGCCAGAACAUUGAGGGUCGGAGACCUGUUAGAGGACCUGAGCUCAAAGGCACUCCAGUACCUCUGCUGAAGCUGCUGGAAGGGACUUGCGGAAUCCAAGAAAAGCUGAAGGAAUCUUCAGGAGAACUGGAGAAGCGAGUGGAAGUGAUCAGAGGGAUAGAAGCCAGUCAGGAAAAGGCAGUCCUGGAACUCAAGGACAGGACGGAGACUAUAAAGGGUCGCAUCGCCUCAGAGUUCGAGGCACUCCACACCUUCCUGCAGGAGGAGCAGGACAUUGUCCUGGGCAGGCUUCGAGAGGAGGAGGACAAACUCCUGCAAGAGAUGCAGGAGAACCUGAAUAAGGUGCACGCAGAGAAAUCCACCCUGGAAACCAUGCUCGUCAGUGUUCAACAAAAACUCAACGAGGAAGACCCUGUCUGCUUACUCCAGGACAUCAAAGACCUGUCAGAAAGGCUGAAGCAAGGCGUUGCGAGCUGUGAGGUUGUCCCAGCCCGAAGGUUGAACGUUGGCUCUUUUCAGGGCCCCUUGCAGUAUGCGGUGUGGAAGAAGAUGAGAAAACGGAUCAGUCCAGUGCCGGCCCCGCUGACCCUUGACCCUCGCUCCGCCAACCCAUACUUGGUGCUUUCGGAGGACCUGACUGCCGUCAAGUACUCGUACACCUCGCAGCAGCUGCCCGACAACCUGGAACGCUUCGACUUCUGCGCCUGCGUGCUGGCCUCGGAGGGGUUCGCCUCGGGGAAGCAUUACUGGGAGGUGGAGGUGGGCGGCCAGCCGGACUGGGACGUGGGCGUGGCGGCGGAGUCCAUCGACCGGGAGGGCUGGGUCAUCCUCACGCCAGAGAACGGCUUCUGGACCUUCGGCCACGUGGAGCGCUCCCGCAUCGGAGUCUACCUGGACCACGAAGAGGGCCAGGUCUCUUUCUACGACGCCGAGGAGAUGACCCACCUCCACACCUUCGUGGACACCUUCAACGAGAAGCUCUUCCCGUUCUUCUACCCCAGCGCGGACACCAACACCGACCCUCUCAAAAUCUGUCACCUGCUCCUCUGACA